CAACCAACAUGUCUAUCGAGACUCCCUAUAGAGCUCAGGACCUAUAUCUGGCGCUAUGUGGGAUUGACGACGCCGUUCAGCGCUUUUAUUAUCGUCAUUACCGAAACAUCUCGGCUCGCUCGUCAUUUGUGCCCCCCUCUAAGUCGCGACGUAAUUCUACAACGGGGUUCACGUUUGUCCGCCAAGAUGGUUUCGGUGUUUGGUACGCAAUAUAUCCAAAACUUG